CGGCGCUAGGACACGGCUUGCCGCCAUGACGUCACUAGCUCCGCCCCUCAGUCCUGUGCGGCGCUUGGAGGGAGGCGGCUCUGCCUCUUCCGUGUCGUCAGCCAUAGGCCCCGCCCUCCUGUGCGGUACUGAUCGGCGGCUAACCCGGGCCCUGAGUCUCCCCGCCGGCCGAGCCCCAGCCCCAGCUGUCGGGAGUUAAUUAGAACACCGGAAGGCGGAGGGCAUGCAGCGCACCAGGCGAAAUGAAGAAGAAGCGGAAAUUCCGGAUGGGUCCCAGGCGGGCCCAUCCGGGGAAUGCACGUCGAGGAGCGGUCAGACUGAGCAGGAAACUCCGGGGAUGAGGAUCAAGGACGAGGCCGCAGGGGGUGAGUGGCGGAGCCUGGUGGGCAACAGCGACACCCACUGGUGGGAAUGGGGUAGUGCAGCACAGCGUCUCCUGCUGUUACUGUGCGAUGUUACAGGCAGUGUGCGAGCUGUAUGGAGGCGCAAUGCAGGCUGGCUGCAUCCACUAUUACAGAGACACAGAGACAGACAGAGCCAGAGAGACACUGCAAGCAGCAAACAUGGCGCCUCACACUAUGACUAUCACAGCAUGGGCACUCACAGGAGGAGAGCACUUUAUAUUAUAAUACAAAUAUUAAUUAUAAAAACCAGUCACACCACCAAGGGACAUUGAACUGCAACUCCCAGAAUGCUGAUCCAGCCCUUAAAAAUAAAUAAAUCAUUUUGAUGGCACAGAUAAUAAUCAUCUCUGCCAUUUGGGAAUUUAGGUAUUUUAGGCAGAGUCACAUCUGCAUUUCUCUAGUGCAGAAAGCAGUUAGUGCCUUGAUGCUGCUAGAACAGAUUGCAAAAUCCUGAACACAGGAUAAAACAGUAUUGUAGAAAUGGGAGCUAAUAAAUUUAUCAGCGGGGACGAAUACUCUUCGGCACCCCAGAUGUUUUGGACUACACCUCCCAUGAUGCUUUGUCAGCAUUGUGGGUGUAAAAGGAUUGUGGGAGAUGUAGUCCACAACAUCUGUAGUGCCGAAAGUUGCCUACCCCUGCUCUACAAUUUGGAAUUGUGUUGGUGUGGUGACGUUGAGAGGGUAGGUAUGACAUCUGAAUUAGGAUGGCCAUCUAUGGUGGAGGGAUAGUAAUGUGAUACAGAUGUCAGUAGGCUCUCUUUUAAAGGCGAGUGUUAGUUGGCAGGACAGCAAUUAGUUGCAGGGGUAAAGUGAUAUUGGGGAAGCAAUCACUAACCGAGUUUUUAUAUAUUGUGUUUACUUAUCUCUUAUUUUCAACAAAUGUGUGUUUUGUGAGAUCUGUAAAAUUAAAUGUAGAAAUAUACAGUAUAGAUAGAACAGAAACGUUGUUUCCAAUUCUUCUAUUUUAAUGCAGUUUGUGCCCUGGCUGUGCCAGGACGGAACUUGAUUGUGAUGUGUUUUUAAUUUUUUGAUAUGCAUUAAAAGUGUCUCUGUCCCCCUCCAGGGUGUUUGCAUCAUUUGCAAAGAUAUGCAGUAGUGGCAUCAACACUGGGAGUCCAGUGGCCGUGGGGGAUAGGGAAAAGAGAGCUUUACUUACAUGAACCUUUCCCUCGCGGGGGCCAACGUCCUCACUAGAUGAUGUCAGCGCUGUACUCUUGUGCAUGAGUUAGAAUACAGCAUUGAGAUCGGUGGAGGAUCCUAUGAGAGCAUGUCCUCCAUAAAAAGUGCUUUUUUUCCCCCCUACAGCCAUCACUGAUGAUGGCUGGGAGAAAUGACAAGCUUGGCAGCGGUAGCUCUGCCUUUUUGUCAUUUGUAGAAAAAAUACUGAGACAAAUUAGUCCCUACCUUCUCAGUAUAUCUUUUGACUGAAUACGAAUUUCAGUGAAAUUUCAACACAAUCAAAUUUGAGUAUUUCAUAAAGAUUCAAUCUUUAUGAAAUACUCUUUUGAUAUGGGGUGACAGAGCCACUUUAAAAGUAAAUUGAUCAUCAAAUGAAAUAAGGUUAGCACAAGUUGUCAAUAAUUUUCAAUGGUGCGAUUUCCAUAGAAAUACCUGUUCAUCUGAAAAAUGGGGCUCCUACGUAAAAUAUAAGAGUACAAUCAUGCCAAGACCAGCAUAGUUAUAAUUAAAGGGAUUCUAUAGUGCCAGGAAAACAAAGCCGUUUUCCUGGAACUAUAGGUCCCUACAGUGCCCCCCUCCCGCGUUAAAACCCCUUCAGUCACUUUCCUGAAUCCGUGAUAUGUAUUGUAUUUCACCAUCAAUUGGUACAUAUAAAUAUGAAACAUUUGGGUAAAAAAAAAUAAUAUAUAAAUAAACUGACUUCCCUCUUAACAUUUCAUCGACUUUUGGUGGAAUAAAAUCUCCUAGAUCUGGAAUUUUGGUGUUGCAGCUAUUUUCAUUGUUUUUACUGUAAGAAGAUCGUAAAGGCACUUUAGGUUUAAGGGCUAUGCUGGACUUGUAUAAUACAUGUAAUAAAGGGCAAAAGGUGUUUCUACAAUCACCAAAUGCUGCGUCACUCCACACAACACAAACCACAAUGUAAACUUAAAUAGCCAAAUUGGAGGUGAGAGCACACCUUAAACAAGGUAGAUGUUACCAUUAAUACAAAUUCUGUUGUAAUAUGAAAUAAAAGUGCAAAUAAAUCAUAGGGUAGUAUAUCAUUAUAUAUUACAUAUUCUCAGUUUUCGAUGGUAUCAAACUCACGUGUUGCUGAGCCACAUGUAUAAGGCUCAGAUUUUAAAGGCUCCAGUCAGAUAGCUUUCUUGUAAUUCUCUGGAUUUGCUGGAUUCAGUAGAUUUUUUUCUUUUUUUCCAGGGCCUCCUUUGUGCUUUAUUUAAAUCAGUAAGCAUAAGGGAAACAAACAAAUAUUACUGGGAAUCAAAUAAAAUCCCAAAUGAACAUAAAAAAUCUGUAGCAUAUAGCACAACGCGUUUCGACUGUGAUGGUCUUCAAGAUGAUUAAUUUACAGUUCUGCAAGUUUUCCAUAUUUAUAGCGUGGUUGGCAUGCUUUUUGCCUUCUUUUGUGUUUUUUUUGGCGGAUCGCUAUUUGUCACUUCCACUUACCUCAUUCAGCAUAUGUUUGUGACGUCAUUAUUACACUUGGUCCAGGUGCCAUCUUUCCUUCGGUAAUAGUCAUGAUGUCCAUUAUAUUUAUGGGAAAACUGCCUCUUCCGCUUUAUACUGUAGCAAUCCAGUCCAUGUAAUGUCCAAUAAGCUUUCUAAAAAAAUUUAAAGAAGCAGGGAAAUGAUCACUUUAUAAUUAAAAAAAAAAAAAAAAAACCCAACCACAACACAUGUUAAAAAUAAUGUAAAAUAAGGUAAGAACUAUUUGAUAUAGAUUCCUACAAUAAAGAAAAAUGAUCAAAUACAUAAAACGAACACUUAAAAAAAGUGUAGAUAAAUUGGAAGAAAAAUUUGAGGUUAUGUUUAUAAAUUCACAUAAGAUGAUGAAGUCACAUUAAUAAAAACAUGUUUCAUCAUUGUAGGAAUAUACAUUAAAUAUUUCUUACCCUAUAUCAGAUUAAUUUUAGCAAGUUAGUGGUGCUUUUUAAAAAAAAAUUUUUUGAGAAUGUUGGACCUGAUAUGAGCUAGAUAGAUAUGAGCUAGAUAGGUAAAGUAUAUGGCGAAAGAGGCAGUUUGCCCAUAAAUAUAAUGGACAUUAUGACAAUUAGCGAAGAAAGAUGGUGCUCUGACUAGAGUGUAAUAACAAUGUUGCGCAUAUGCGGAGUGACAGGCGAAAGUGACAUAUCAGGAAAUAAAGAUCCGUCAAAAAGCGCGCCAACCACCCUAUACGUAUGAAGGACUUGUGGUAAUAUAAAUGAUGUACCUUUGAAGAACACCAUGGUCGAAACAUGUUGUGCUAUAUCUUUUUUUAGGUUCAGUUUGCAUUUUUUAUUCAAUAGAUGCAGUAAUAUUUGUAAGUUUCCCUUAUGUUGAUCGAUUUAAGUAAAGCACAAAGGAGGUCUUGGAAAUAAAUCUGCUGGGUUAAAAUCCAGAGAACUACAAAAAGAUAUCUGACUGGAGCUUUUAAAGUCUGAGCCUACUAUAUGUGGCUCAUCAACAUGUGAGUUGGAUAACCAUGUGCUUGCUAUGUUACUAUGUAAUAUACUACACUGUGAAUUAUUUUAAAUUUUAUUUCAAGUUACAAUGUGUAUUAGUGGUAAUAUCUAAAUUGCGCUCUAACCUGCAAUUUGGUGAAGUUGUGGACAGGCCUUAUUGUUUUUUAAAGGAUCACUAUAGUGUCAGGAAAGCAAACUCGUUUUCCUGGCACUAUAGUGCCCUAAGAGUGCCCCCACCCUCAGGGUCCCCCUCCCUUGGCGCUGAAGGGGUUAAAACCCCUUCAGCUACUUACCUUAAUCCAGCGCCGGGCUCCCUCAACGCUGGUGACCUCUACUCCCCCACCGACGUCAGCUCCCGAGUGGAGUGGAAUGCGCAUGCGCGGCAAGUGCCGCGCACGCAUUCAAACAGUGCAUAGGAAAGCAUUUCUCAAUGCUUUCCUAUGGACGUUCUGCACCAGCGCCUCUAGCAGCUCUCAGGAAGACCACCAGUUUCUCUGAAACUGCAAUGUUUACAUCUGAAGGGUUAAAACUUCAGAUGUAAACAUUGCAUCCAGCGUCGCAGUUGCGCCUCUAGCAGCUCUCAGGAAGACCACCAGUUUCUCUGAAACUGCAAUGUUUACAUCUGAAGGGUUAAAACCUGCGGGACCUGGCACCCAGACCACUUCAUUGAGCUAAUGUGGUCUGGGUGACCAUAGUGUCCCUUUAAUGAAGUUUAUCCUUCAAGGGCACGCUAUUGAAUAAAUAUAGGGAAGUCAUGAUUGAAAAAAACAUUUUUAGCCACUUCUGUUAAAGCCAAUCUACACACAGUAACCACUACAGCUCGAUCAUCACCAUAAUCACUCUGUAGGGAUAGCCUAUCACUGCUGACCAUGCUGGACUGAAAUGAUUAUGUGGAAGAAUUCCUUGAAUGAAACAAGAUAUAGCAGAAGUAUAAAUUCUGGAUGCUUAUAAUAUAUGAUAAUGCAAAACUGUAAAUUCUGCCUUCUUCUUGUAAUGCACAAUUGUAUUCUACAACCCCUGAAGAGGGUGUGCAGUAUGGGUGAUGAUAUUAAUCUACCCAACAUUUUCCUUAUGUUUUCUUAUCCCUGCAUCUGAAACUUUCUUACUCAAUCCCCUGCCUCCAUCCUUUUUACAUUUCACCCCUUCGGUGGUGAUGGAUCACUCGUAACCAGCUGUGCUAGAACACUGAAGUGACAGAGAGUUGUGUUUUGAGUCAGUUUUUUAAAUUUAUUUAUUUAGCUUGUGGACUCCAUCUUGUCUUUAUAGUUGUUGUUUCUGUCCUCUGUUAGACAUUAAAGGAACACUAUAUAUCGUUGAGAAUACAAACCUGUGUUCGAAACACUAUAAUAUGUCCUGUCUGUAACUUAUUAGGUCCCUCCACCUGCAGUCAUGAAACGUUUAACCCCCCCUCUUCCAGCACCAUUUCACCAUUUGGAGCUGGCUCGGUCUCCUCCUCCCGCAACAUCAUGCUUAUGUGGGAACCUAAAGCACAUGUUCAGCGAGCACCACGAAAUUUGAGUUUUUUCAUAGUAAAGUAUGAAUCAAUGAUUUCCUAUAGGGAAUUUUUAAGUUGUUGUAUGUCCUCAUGAAUACACCACUACAGGUUAUCUUAUCCCUGCAAUGUAAAAAUUGCAUGUUAAGGGGCCAGAAGCACUGCAUCCAGAUUACUUCAAUGAGAUGAAGUGGUCAUGGUGCCUAUAGUAUCCCUUCAAGAUGCUAUAGACACCAAGACCACUUUCUUUUCACUGAAGUGGUCUGGGUGCAGUACCUCUGUCAUUUUAGCCUUGCAUGCUUCCACUGCAGUCUAUUGGAAUAUUUUCAUUGCAGUGCUGAGCACACCUCUAAUGGAUGGCUUCCUGAACUGAGUCAGACUCUGUUCUCACACAACACCUCGUCUGAAUGCUUCUCCUCCCAAAUGCUUUUCUAUGAGAAGCAUUGGAUUGGACGACAAGACGUAGAAGAGACUGCCUGCCAGAUGACAUUACUGGAGAAGGAGCAGGUGGCUGCAACCACUUAGUCAUGGCGCUGGAAAACGGGUAAGUUUUUUAAUUUAUCUUCAUAACCUUUAUCUAAAUGAAGACUUGAUUCCUAGUAAUGUUCUGCUUUGAUGCGUACCCUCGACCGAGGCAUUGCUGCAGAUAUGAUUGGGAGAUGGCUAUGACAGGGAAUCAUUGACCAAUGCUUCACUUUGAGAAAACUCAUUACGAGAGAAGUUUAGUUCUUUUGUACAGAGAGAGGAUGUGGAUGUUAGUUUGACAGCCAGGGGCUUGUUUCCAUCCCGUUUCAUGAAUAGGCGCUUUAAUAAAACAGGACUAAGGGGCACCUCCUAAACACUCCUGCUAGGCUUAAGUUCUUUAGGUGUCUGGCGUCUCUCUUUAAUGGACAUUAGUGUUUUUUUUGUCUCCUCUUAUCCUCCCACCAAAUCAUAGUAGUAAACAAAAAUAAUGUUUUUAUGUUUGUUUUUCAUUGUUUGGGGGGUUGAAUGUGCUUAUGUACUGGCAGAAGAGGUUCCUUAUAGUUGAUUUGUUAUCACACCUGGAACCAAAAAAACAUGUUCCGCAGUGCGGUACAAUAUGUAAAACAAGACAAAUAAUUCCAACUCAAACCUGUAUUCCUAAUGCCAUAGUGUUCUUCUCCCUUCCUGUAUUAAGGUCCCUUCCCAGCUAUGUGCUAUUAAAAAAAACAAAAAAAAAACACGCCUUCACUUAUUUUUCAGCUGACCUCUGUGCCUCCCGCCACGUGAUGGAGGAGGCUUGGCUUACUCUGCGAUGAUCCAGUACAUUGCUGCUCAUAGCAAAUUAUUGACCGUUAGUUAUUUGCAGACUUAGAAUUAUGUUUCAGAAUUAGACAAUUUAUUAGCUUUACCCCCAAAAAAGACGCAUGUAUUUAUUUUUUCUACAUUUAUCUUUGUGGUAUAUGGAAAAAUAUAGAAUGAGAAUUCUGAGAACAGACAAAACUUAGAGAAACUCCGUAGCUUGCCCUUAGGUUAAUACCUGAUCAGGUCUCAAAAAUGUUUUUACUUGCUUGUGCCAUUACAAGCAGAAUCUAUACCAUCUGCAUAUCAGACUGAUCCCAGGCUGUCGGCAGCAUUUGCAAGCUCCCAACAUUCUUUCCAUAGAUUUGACUUCGUAUAUGCCAGGGAAUAGUCCAAUCAGAGGCUUCUCGUUGAGGUAGCACACAUGCUCAUCAUCACUGCUUUACAAUGCAUCUCCAUAAGCUGUACUACAGCUCAUUGUGAAAAGAGGAAUGCAAGCGCUCUGUAGCUUAGCACGCCUGCUGCUUUCCUAAGCUAUGUGGAGCUAACAGAACUUGAAGAAAACCUCAUUGGCUGCCUAAUUGACAGACAGGAAGGUGCUUCUGCCACAAUUAUAAAAGGGCUAAUUUCUUUUGAAACUGGCACUUUUGUUAACUGUCACAUUUUAAGACUUUAACCCCUUAGUGACCAGACAGUUUUUCAAUUUUCUUACUGUUAAGGACCAGGGCUGUUUUUACAUUUCUGUGGGGUUUGUGUUUAGCUGUAAUUUUCCUCUUACUCAUUUACUGUACCCACACAUAUUCUAUACCGUUUUUCUCGCCAUUAAAUUAUAUUUAUUUACAGUGUGUGUAUAUAAUGAGUGCAGUGUGUGUGUGUGUGUGAGAGUGCAGUGUAUGUGAUGCAGAGCCUUGGUGGGGGGUGGGCAUUUUUAUUUUUUGUAAAAUUUUUUUUUAAAUAUUAAUAUUUUUGUUAUUUUGUAUUUAAAUUUUUAUGUUUUUUUUUUUGUCCCCCCUCCCUGCUUAAUACCUGGACAGGGAGCGGGGCUCUCAUUCCCUGGUGGUCCAGUGGUGUGCACUGUGUAGGAGGGGGCUGGCAGGAAGCGUUUACUUACCUUUCCUGUAGCUCCUGUCAGCUCCCUUCUCUCUCCUCUGGUCCAGUCAGCUCCACUGUCGCUUGGAGCGUUGCCACAGUAAUCCGUGGCAAUGCUCUGACCCCGCGGUUCUCGCGAGAUUACCGUGGCAACGCUCCGCGCGGCAGGUGAGCUAACCAGACGAAGAGAAGGGAGCUGACAGGAGCUGCAAUGAGCCCGACGGUCCUUGUCUGUAUUAUGGCAAUGUAAGUUACUCGAGUAUAAGACGAGUGGGGGAUUUUCAGCACAAAAAAUGUGCCGAAAAACUCGUCUUAUACUAGAGUAUAUACGGUAUAUGAAAUUUUAUUCUAACUAUUUUGAGAGAAUAUAUAUAUUAUAUUCAAAAUACACUUAGAAUGAAAUUUUAUAUAUAUCUAUGUAUAAAUAAAUAAUAAUAUGAAAUAUACAUAUGUCCAUAUACAAAAUUACAUAAAUAAUUAUAUAAAUAUACACGUACACUUCAAAUAUAUAUUUAAAUUCUACGGGCGUAUUUAUGUAAUAUUUUUACAUAAUUAAGUAAUUUUAUUGAUUGCAAUUUGAGGGACCUGCCUGCCAACCCAGGCCGGAAGUCCGGAGAAUUUAAUUUGCAAGCACUGUAUUUUACCCUGUAACGUUCUAUGACACCCUAAAACCUGUACAUGGAGGGUACUGUUUUAUUCGGGAGACUUUGCUGAACACAUAUUAGUGGUUCAAAACAGUAAAACAUAUCACAGCAAUCAUAGUCAGUGAAAGUGACUUAGUUUGCAUUUUUCACACACAUACAGCACUUUUACUGAUGAUAUAAUUGUUGUGAUAAGUUUUCCUGUUUUAAAACACUAAUAUUUGUGUUCAGCAAAGUUUCCCGAGUAUAACAGUACCCUCACAUGUACAGGUUUUCUAGCGUUUUUGAAAGUUACAGGGUCAAAUAUUUUUACAUUGAAAAUGGCCAGGUUGGUUACUAUGCCUUUGAGAGCAUUUGGUAGCCCAGGAAUGAGAAUUACCUCCAUGAUGGCAUACCAUUUGCAAAAGAAGACAACCCAAGGUAUUGCAAAUGGGGUAUGUCCAGUCCUUUUUAGUUGCCACUUAGUCACAAAACUGGCCAAAAUUAGCAUUCAAUUUAGUUUUUUACUUUUUUCACACACAAACAAAUAUGAACGCUAACUUUGGCCAGUGUUUGUGACUAAGUGGCUACUAAAAAAGACUAGACAUACCCCAUGUUGAAUACCCUGGGUUGUCUACUGUAGGUAUUUUUAAACUACAGGACAAACUUUUGAAUCUAUUUAGCAGUUUUUUUUCCCCAUUCGCUUUUGUAGAUGAGUAAAAGAUUUUUCAAGUAAAAGUGUGUAAAAAAAUAAAAAUAAAUUUUUUUUCAAUUUAUCAUCAUUUAAAAAAAAUUAAAUUACAUGAGAUUAUAUAAAAUAAUGGUAUGUAAAGAGAGCCCUUUUUGUCCUUGAGAAAAAAAAACAAUAAAUAAUUUGUAUGGGAACAGAAAAUGAGAGAGCGGAAAAUUACAGCUAAACACAAACACCACAAAAGUGUAAAAAGAGGCCUGGUCGUUAACAUCGCCAAAACAGUCCGGUCCUUAAGGGGUUAAUACACCCUCUAUUGCAGCAAUAACACUUUCACGCUACAUGGCUUUAUAUUUCCUCAGGGUCUGUACUGGUAAGGUUUUCAGUACACAAAACAUCCCACUUCCGACACCACUUGUAGCAGGCUGACCGAGUCUUGGGUCAUAAACAACAGAAACAGUUCUUUCUUCCAAUAUAUGGAAAGCUUUAUUUAGCAAGCCGGCCCCAAAUUUAGCCACAGCAAAGCAUUAAACCAAACAAACUCCUACUCCCCACGUUGAGACUAACAUAGAGUACCCUUUCUAUGCUACUGGGCAGCUAAGCUGACCCCAGUAGUUUAACAAAUACAAAUAAAGGCUUGCAAAAUACCUUUACUUUCCACACAAUUUCGGCAGUCUCUUUGACUCAGUCUGUCUCCGCCCCAACUCUUCACAGGAGAGACUGAUUUCCCUCUGCAUAGGGUUUCUGUAGCUCCCUAAUUAAUCUACUAGAGACACCUGAAUUUUAACCCCCUCUAGUCGGGGAACACUGAAAGUGCCAUUCUGGGGCUAAUAUAGCAGUGUUCCAUAACACUGCCACAAUACACACACUACACAAACACCCUGCAUUCAUUAUAUACACACACACACACACUACACAAACACACUGCAUUCAUUAUAUACACACACACACACACUACACAAACACCCUGCAUUCACUAUACACACACACACACACACACUACACAAACACACACACUCUGCAAUCAUUAUAAACACACUACACAAACUACACAAAAACACACAGCUCCCCUGUCUAAACAUACUGCAUCCACUACAUGUGUCAUGUAUAUUUUGUGCAUUUACCUUUAGAAAUAGUUUAUUUUUUCAAAAUGGCAAAUGUACAGAAUAUCGGUAAGCUAUCAGCCUAAAAGUUCACAGAUUAUAAGUAUCGGCAUUGGCUCUAAAAAAAAUCAAUAUCGGUCGAUCCCUAAUGUACAGUCAUUUGUAGUAGCCACAAGCGCUUGCCAAAGUUAGCGUUCAUAUUUGUGUUUUGCAUUUUUUUUUUAACACAAGAACUGCACUGUUACUGGUGAUUUCAUCGUUCUGAUAAGUUUUACUGUUUUAAACACUCAUAUUUGUGUUUAGCAAAGUCUCCUGAGUAUAACAAUACACCCCAUGUACAGGUUUUAUGGUGUUUUGGAAAGUUACAUGGUCAAUAUAGGGCUUGCCCGAUUCAGUUUGCCAGAUUGGUUUGCUGGGUCUGUGUUGCAUUUUGAGACUAUAUGGUAACCCAGGAAUGUGAAAAAACCCCAUCAUGGCAUACAAUUUUCAAAUGUAGAUAAACCAGGGUAUUCCAAAUGGGGUAUUUCCAGUCUUUUGUUGUCACAAAUGCUGGCUAAAGUUAGCUGUUAUAUUUGUUUUAUAUAAGUGUGUGUGUGUGUGUGUGUGUGUAUAUGUAUGUAUGUAUGUAUAUAUAUGUGUGUAUAUGUCCCGCACUCACUGCUCCCGGUCUUGUCUGGUGCCCUGGAGGACUGAAACGUUGACACCAUUUACUGGAAAUUUGAUGCUUUGAAUAAACAGCACGAUUUUGAAAUAAUUCCUGUGAGUGCACUUCAAACAAGGAGAUAACGAUAGAUAGAUAGAAAUAAAACUGUGUGUGUGUGUGUGUGUGUAUAUAUAUAUAUAUAUAUAUAUAUAUAUAUAUAUAUAUAUAUAUAUAUAUAUAUAUAUAUAUAUAUACACACACACACACACACACAGUUUUAUUUCCUAUAUAUGUAUAAUAUAAUGAAAGCAUUUUAUAAUAUUAUACAUAUAUAAUGCAUAUAUGAUUUCAUUAGAAGUGUAUUUUGAGAUAUAUGUAUAUCUCAAAGUACACUUAAAAUGAAAUUUUAUAUAUGUAUAAUAUAUUAUAAAAUGCUUUCAUUAUUUUAUAAAAUAUAUAUUUUUUUUAAAUUUUUUUUUGACUUUUUAGCAAACUGGGGGACUGUUUGACAGCUCAGACAGCUCCUAGACUGCUAUUGCGGCAAUGUGAUCAUGGUGAUCAUAUGGCCCUGGAGGGCCGGAGCUGCUGCAGGGGGACUGCUGGGCUCUCCGGCAGUCCAGUCCCAGACCAUGAUCGCCAGUCCAGGUAAGUCCAGGGCUCCUAUUUGCUGCAGGUACGUCCACGGUACUUAAUGACCGUUUUUUUUUUUUGUCGGACGUACGUAGUAUGUCCCCGGUUGUUAUGUGAUCCUUGUCUGCAGUUAGCAUGGUCCUUUUGGGAACAAACAUGCACAGUCUUUAAAAGUAACUUAAUUCCAAGCGCUUUAUUGUUGAGCUGCACCACAGAGACAGCAGCAAAUUAAAAAAACAAAAACCUAGCUCGUCUGAGCACUUACUAACUUCAGAUUCCCUAUCUCUCAGGGGUUAAACUAUAACAAAACAAUAUUGGUUUCACCAACCUAGUGUCUCUGUCAGCUCUCUGCACUCCAGUGGUUAGUCAGCCUGCUGCUCCCAGCCCUUCAAGAGAGAAACAAACAUUCUCCCCUACCUGCCUAGCAGGGAGGGGUUAAUUCCCACUGCUGCAGCUGAUUACCUGCAGCUGAGCAGUGGGUUGGAGACAGUCCAAACCCUGGCCUGGAUCCAUGUCUCCCAAGAAAAAACAAUAAACAGCGGAGUACUGGCCCACCCUUCUCUCCAAAUGCUCCACCCCAGGGGGCCCAUAACUAAAUAUGCAUUUACGUUAUAUACAUACACACUCCCCCUGGGAUUAAAGAUCAUAUGCCUCUCUGAACAAUGCAGAUGAAAUAUAAACUCCCUCACAGACCACCCCAUUCACCUUAUCAAUAUCUAUCUAUCUAUCUAUCUAUAUAGUAGUAGAGAUGACCAGCACUCACGGUUUUCCAGAAGUUUAAAAGUUGUAGGCUUUAAUGAAAAUACAUGUUAAAAAAGGAUCAACGUUUCAGUCCACGUCUGGGACUUCAUUUUGAGUGUAUUUUGAUAAUAUAUAUAAUAUACAUCUCAAAAUACAGUUAGAAUAAAAUUACUUUAUUUGUUAUUUUUAAUUUCUUUUUUUAAUAUAUAUAUAUAUAUAUAUAUAUAUAUAUAUAUAUAUAUAUAUAUAUAUAUAUAUAUAUAUAUAUAUAUACACAUACAUACACACACAAUAUAUAUAUUCCAUAUAUACGUGUGGAAUUUUACUCCAGUGUAUUUUUAUAUUAAAGGGACACUAUAGUCACCUGAACAACUUCAGCUUAAUGAGGUUGUUCAGGUGAGAAAAUACAGUGUUUACAUUAAAAACUAGGAACACCUCCAGCUGCAGUCACUUAGAGUGAACCAGAGGGACUUCGGAGUUGAUGGAGGCAUAAUAUGCCUCCAUCCACUCAGAUCUGCUGUGCACGAGCAUCCUGUGAUUCAGUAUCUCCUCCCACUGCAUGCAGACACUGAACUUUCCUCAUUCAUUGAUUCAAUUCAUCUCUAUGAGGAGAUGCUGAUUGGCCAGGGCUGUGUUUGAGUCAUGCUGGCUCUGCCCCUGAUUUGCCUCCUUGUCAGUCUCAGCCGAUCCUAUGGGGAAGCACUGUGAUUGGAUCAGGCUAUCACAUGUCAGCAGACUGCUUGUUUUUCCUGAGUCUAACAGCAUGCAGAUUUACAGCUUCUGGCUUGAAUACAAUAGGAUUUUUACUAUAUUUAUGGAGGUACGAGGGGCCCAGGGGGGCUAGAUGGUUCUGUUAACACUAUAGGGUCAUUUAAAAAAAAAAAAAAAAAUUAAAUGUAUUUCCUUUUAUUUAUUUAUUUAUUUAUUUAUUUUUCCUCAGCAGGGGGACUGCCUGUCAGUUCAGGCAGUCCCCCUGCUGGCAGCACUGUGGACUCCUAAUGCGGCCAUGUGACCGCUCUUUUAGAGCAGUCACAUAGACCCUUGGGGUCAUUAAUUGGAGAGGGGGGACUGUCUGGGCUGAGCCUAAGAAGAAGACCGAUUGCCCGCAGGGGAACGGCAGUGACAGGUAAGUACAUGAGGAGGGAGGUAAGGGUAAUUUAUUUUUUUUUUAAUUUUUUUUUUUAAACAUUUAAUUUUUUAUUUUUUUAUUUUUUUGUUAUAUUUACUGGGUGCCUCGACCCCCCUGUUCUCCGCCGGCCACCAUCAGUGAGGGGGGUAUUGCCGCGAUGCCUCAACAUCGAGGCAUCACUACAAUACUAUUAGAGCUGCUGGAAGCGAUCAUGAUCGCUUCCAGCACUCUAAUUCCCCGCGGACAUAUCAGGUGCAUCCGCGGUCCUUAAGGACAGUUUUCUGUCGGUCGUACCUGAUACGUCCAUGGUCACUAAGGUGUUAAAGGGACAUUAUAGUCACCAGAACAACUACAGCUUAUUGCAUUUGUUCUGGUGAGUAGAAUCAUUCCGUUCAGGCUUUUUGUUGUAAACACUGUUUUUUGAGAGAAAAUGCAGUGUUUACAAUAAAGCCUAGUGAUAACUCACUGGCCACCUCUCCGAUGGCUUUUAGAGGUGCUUCCUGGGGAAGUGCUGCCAUUCAGUGUCUCCACCCUCUGCAUACAGACACUGAACUUUCCUCAUAGAGAUGCAUUGGUUCGGUGCAUUUGUAUGAGGACAUGCUGAUUGGCCAGGACUGUGUUUGGCCCCUGAUCUUCCUCCUUGACAGUCUCAGCCAAUCCUAUGGGGAAGCAGUAUGAUUGGCUCAGAACACCACUUCUGAUGAUGUCAGCAGACAGUUUCACAGGCAAACAGGAGCAGAGGUAGCAGCUGCAGACUUGAAUACAAGUAAGAUUAUACUAUAUUUAGGGAGGCCGGGAGGGCUAGUUGGUGACUUUAACACUAUAGGGUCAGAAAUAUAUGUUUGUGUUCCUGACCUUAUAGUGCUCCUUUAAGACAGCUCCCAGACACACAAAGAGUGUUUCCUUAAGUGUUAGGUUAAGAAUCAUAUUUGGGGUUAAGCUGAAUGUAUUCCUAACCCUAAUUUCUCCACCAAGUGCAGCUUAGGUAUAGCGGAUCACUAGUGCAGCCCAUAUGUAUUCAAAGAACAGACGUUUCGUAGGCCCUGUCCCGAAACGUCUGAACUUUGAAUGCUCUUUGAAUAAAUUUGGGCUGCACUAGUGGGCACCUAUAACGAAGCUGCUCUUUGUGGAUGAAUACUUUUGCUAUAUAUUACUCGCUGUUGGGGCUACAGCAGCUAAUACACAAUAGCUGCACUAUGUUAAACUCUUUUGCCUUUUGAUAUUAUGCUAUACCACACUCCUAGAUCAUAUUUUUGCUUUAACUCUCAUUUCUCAUGGAGCCAUCAUCACUGGCUAAAGUAUGAGAGUAUAGCAAGGAGUCUACGGAGGCGACUGCGAGAUCCCCCCACAGACCAAAUCUGUCUUUUCGUCAACUUCUGGCUUGACCAUAAGUCAACAUAAGUUCCUAGUUUGCAUUUUAUGAUAUGUUUUCAUUGUGUUGGAACUUUACAGUCAAAUUACACACGGUCAAUAAAAGCAUUUCAUAACGAUUGGGUCUGUAUGAAAUACUCAGAAAUGAUAUUGUGGUGACAGGUGUGUAGGUUUUUGCUGUGUAGUUCUCUGUUGAUGUAGGAUUGAAAGUCAUCCUUUGUGGAUGUUCUUAUCUUUUCAUGUUGCAUAUUUACAUCCACUCCAGGUACUCUUAUUUAUCCUCCUCUGUUGUCUGUUGGAAUCUACACAAUACAACAUCAUUUUAAACCAUUGCUUGAAAUCAUUUUAAGUCUGACAUAAACAGACUGUGCUGUGUCCCACAGACUAUUUUCCCUAGAACCACUACAAUGAGCUGUAGUCCUUAUGGUGCUUAGAAUGCCCUUUAAAGCCAUAUUAUCUCUUUUUUUAUUAUUAUUAUUAUUAUUAUUAUUAUUAUUGUUUUUUGCAAUGCCGCUCACGCUUUAGACCUCCCCAAAAGAAAGCAUUGAGUCAAUGCUUUCCAAUGGGGAAAAAUCUGAUGCUGGAUGUCCUCAUGCAGAGCGCGAGGACGUCCAGCGUCAGAUACUGGACCAAAUGUCCGUUUAGAUGCAGGACGUGCCUCCAGUGGCUGUCUGGGAGACAGCCACUGGAGGCAGACUUAGUGCUUCAAUGUAAACAUUGCAGUUUCUCUGGAACGGUUUUACAUUGCAGCACUAAGUGCAAAAGGGACUGUGCACCCAGACCACUUCAAUACGCUGAAGUGGUCUGGGUGCCUCUAUUGUCCCUUUAAUUUCUUUCAAAAUUACUAUAUAAUUGCAAGAUUUUGAUAUAUUCCGAGCUGGGGCCCUGAUGAGAUGUAUUAGCUACUUCCUUCUAGUUAUUGCUAUGUUUAAUUUCAAUGGAAAUUAUUGUUUUCUAUUGUUGGGGUAUGGACAAGUAGCAGUUAUUUUGAUCGUGUAAGUUGCAGGAUAACUUCAUCAUAGCUCCAUGAACACCUUUUCAUUUAAAUGUUGCUCAUUUACCUGUACCACUGGAUGUGGUUCGUGAAAUAAACUUAAUUGCACAGUGCCGGAUAGUUUUGUGUUUAGGUAGAGAAAUAGUUGGAGCAGUAGCUGUAGAGCCUUAAGUUGCGAUCAGAAAGAUUCUGGUAGUUGCUGAAAUAACAUGCGCUCCUUACCAGAAUGCUCAGCCAGCUGUUUUGACUGGCUUAGCAUCACAAGUAAGACAACGUGCAGCCACUGGAGUGCCAAAAAGUCAUACCUGGGAGCUGUUUUUUAGUAUUGUCUGCUAUAAUGAUAGUGGCAGCUAGGUGUCUAAAUUUCUGCCCCCUGUUGAUAACAUGGAACAAAGUAAUUUAAUUAUUUUGGGCAUAUUUUUAAAUAUCCCCUAAUCCCUCUUUUUUUUCCCUUCACUCUUUCUAAAUACCAUGUUUAUAGAUGCAAUCUACUCAGAUCCCAUUGAUUCAGAACCUGGUGGGCUUUUCCCAGGAGCUCCCUUUAGCUGGAGUUCUCCAGACAGUAGUGAAGGCCUAAGCCACUCAGGAGGGGCACCAGAACCUGGCAUUUAUGAAGAGCGUGCAUCCCGGCCAGGGAACAGUCGCAUUCCUGGAAAAGAUCAUCGUCGCUAUUACCACAGCCACUGGAGGCUUGAGUACUUGAUGGACUUCAAUCCUCGCUGUCAUAGCAUGAUCUGCAUGGUAUGUGGCAGUUCUCUGGCUACUUUGAAACUCAGCACUAUUAAGCGUCACAUCCGUCAGAAGCAUCCCUACUCCCUUAACUGGACGCCAAGUGAGAAAGAGGUCAUUAUUGGCAGCUGGGAUGCUCACCUUUGUGUAGAUGCACAGACACUGACAGGGACUGCGGGCGAGGAGCCUGGGUCAGGUAGGAACGUUAUUCGUGUUUAUAUAUGAUUCAUAUGCAUAUAGAUCAAAUUCAAAGAAAACCAACUUAUGACAUAAAACACACCUGUCCUGGAGAAACAAUGCAAAGAGAGAUUCAUUCCAUCUGUACAUUGUGCUAGCCAAACGGCUAGCAAAUGCAUAGAUUAAAGGUUAUUCUACACACCUCUCUCCCAUCUCAGUGAUUUUAGCUCUGUGCCAUGGGCAUAGAGGUAAACUAAAAAUCCAUGGACCCUAAAAUGAUGCAACCUGGCCCCCAAAUACCUGACUUUUCAUUUGGUGUAGUGGAUACAUGUAUAUACAAUCUAUUUAUGUGUAAGCACCAUUUUGGAGGAGGGGAAGGCAAGCUUUAGGUAAGUAUAUAUUCUAAUCCAGAACUCAAAAUUUAAACUCUCCACCAGCCAUUGGCUAGUGUGCUUUGCACCCUCCAGACUUGCAGUGGCGAGUACCUUUUAAGGCCUAGCUAGUAGCAUAGAACCUGAAAUUUAAGGUCCUGUGUUAAUCUGUACAUUUGCUCACAUUUGCUAGCACAAUCUAUAGAUUAAAGUUAUACCUACCUGAAGGUAACCUGAUCAUAUAUAUUGUUUUUGUAGAUAGAAGGUUCUCUUUAGAAAGUAUAGUAACAUUAUGUUUAGAUUUAAAUAUGCAAAAUGCACGUUUGUAGUGUUUACAUUUAAAGUGAAUAUACAUGUUGUUUUUUUAUUAUUAAAAUUUUAUAUCGGUAUUCCUUCCAGAAUUAGUUUUUUUUUAAAUAUUAUUGUCCUGUGCUCUUUAUUCCUUUUUACUUCUAUUUUUCACUGUUUCUGUCCCUUCUUGCCCUUUCUCUUCUAUAAACACAUCUGUCUCCAUCUUCGAAGGCUUGCUUCAAUAUCUUUUUUAAUGCAUUCCAUAUCGAUUGUAAUUGCCUCUUUAAUUGGCAUGCUAUUUUGCUGCCUCUUAUUUACAGUGCUGCUUUCUUAAACCUAAAUCUUUUUUCCAUGUUUUAUAUUCUUUUGCACUAAGCAACUCAUUAGUGAAUUACUUGUGAUGUCUCUUGUUUUCCUUGCAGAGGAUCCAUGCAUGGCACUACAACCAAAAAAGAAACGUCGCCGCCUGCCUCCAGUUACCAAAGGGGUAUGGCGCCCAAUGAUGGGUCCAGAGCUUUCUCAGCCAACUUUUCCAAACACCAGUCAUCUUGAACAGUACCUUAAUGAAUCACUUCAACAAUGGUUCCGCGUAGAAUUCUUGAUGGAUUAUGAUUGUGUAGGCAAUCAGCUUCACUGCAUGAUGUGUGCUAGUGUCUUGCCCAGUCUUAACCUUGCUGAUAUCAAGCGUCACAUCUUGGAUACACACCCAACAUCUCUCCAGUUAAGCCCCACACAAAAAAGUGUCAUUCUGGAGGCUUGGUCAAAUCGUGGACUGAACCAAGAAGAAGAGGGAGAAGAUGAAAUGGAGGAGGAGGAGGACGACGACGAUGAUGAUGAAGAAGAAGCUAUUCUAAACAGUGAGAUGAAAGAGAACCAAUCAUUGCUCAAUUUAGACGUUGACCCGGAGCUAGACAAAGUAGUACCAGAACGCCAUAUCGAUAAGUUUGAGGGUAUAGGAGAGAAAAAUGAUAAGACUGAGAAAAUUAAACCGACCUCAAGAGAGAGAUUGAUCUUGGAUGAUGAAAAUCUAGAGCCUAGAAAGACUCAGAAACCAGAGAGUAGAAUGCUGUUGGAAAAGGAGAGUGUUGAGGCCCAGAGAACCGAGGAAGAAAACCAGAAGUUACAAGAUUCUAAAAAAAUAGAAGAUGAGAAGAUCACAAGACGAGAGGUUGAAAAGUGGAAGGCAAGUGAAAUCCAGGUGCCAAAGAAAGAAGAACAAGUAAAAAAGAUUCUUAAAUUGGUGGAGGUGGAAGAGAAGCUAAAACUGGUAACUCGGAAAUUGGAGGCGGAAAGAAAGGCAGCCCAAAAACUCGAGGAAGAAGAAAAGUUGAGAAAGAGGGAGAGUCAGAAAUUGGAGGAGGAAGAAAAACUGAAAAAAAUAAGGGACCAGAAACUAAAAAAUAAAGAAAAUAUUGUGAAGAUAGAGGAGGAGCAGCAGGAGAUAGACCAGAGAGUGGAAGAGGAAAGGCAAAAAUCAGAGUCACAAAUGUUGGAGGCAAAGAAUCAAAAGGGUGUAGAAGGUCUGCAACCAAGAAGGAGCUUAGAAUUCCAGAAUUCUGUAGAGCAAGAUAAGAAACCAGAUGUGGACACAGAGAAGACUCAUUCAGUACACGCGCAUUCAACACCAUCAAUGUCCCCGGGAAUGCUGGGAAUUGGACUUCCUGUGUUAAAAAGUGAGUGAUAUUGAAAAUACUGUGAAGAAGGGGUGGUGGGAGGGAGAUAUAAUCGGCUUUACUCCAAGCAUCAUAUCCAAUACAGCCAGCCAGGAGUGCCCUGGUGCCCUUUCGGUAAUGGGGAAAACCACUUUGCAACGGUGUGCCCCAUUACCUGCGUUCUUCUGAGAACACAGUGUACUCUCCUCCUGGCUGUGCCAUCCUGUUGUGCAGAAACCUGAUUCCAAUCCUGCCGGCUAUUCAUUAACUGACAGAGAGUCAGCUGACAGCUUUCAACUAAUUAAUGCAUCACCGUGCAUUGAAAUAGGCACAGAAUUGACAUUAACCAACCCCAAAAACCAUUUAUAGUGCAAUGUAUUGGUUAUUGUGUUAGCACUGCCCUGGUGCUCUCCCUCCAAUGUAAGUAGACAAAACACUUGGCACUUACAUGACAGAGUUUAGCUCAAGAUAGCCAACAGUAGCUUCGUGCAGGUACUUGUAGAGGAUGUGACCAGCAUCUGGUUGUCAGAUCCCUGCUAAGCUGUCAAACCAUUAGCAAAACAGUUUGAUUACAUAAAUUGAGGGCCACGCCAGGCAGUUCUGGAACCAUACAGCAUACGAUAGUGGUGAUGGUGCUUGGUGUCUUUCCUUAUCAUUUGUGAACAAAGUCAAAGGAAGCAUUAAGUCUAAAGUUUGUCAAGAUAAAGAGAGAUAUUUAAGAUUUCCAUGACAUGCUAAUAAACUAUAUCCCCUUCUUUCUCUCUCCCUUUAAUUUUUCAGUGGAAUCUCCAACACCUAUACUUAUCACCCGUGUCUCUCCUCUCUCAUCCGCUCUCGUCCUUCCUGCAAAACCCUCCUCUUCUCUUUCCAUUUCGUCUCCUGAUCUCUUGAAAUCUUGGAGAGUUAUAGCUCCCAAGCUCUCUCCAGGAGAAAUCAGCCCUCCUAAGCAAGCCCCUGCAAACAAUGAUCCUUCCAGCUGGAACCCAAAGAUUGCCACUACCACUAGCGAUGCCUGCUGGCCUUCUGGUGUUGAUCCUAUGCUGUGGGAAGUGAGCCUUUGGCGGGGAAACCCUGCAAAUCGGAACCAGUGCUCCUCUUAUCAGCUACGUUGGCGCUCGGAUUAUUUGAUGGACUACAAUGGACUCCGGGGAAGUGUUGUUUGCAUGUAUUGCUGCUCCUCCCUCACUGUUUUAAAAGAGAGCAGCAUCAAACGGCACAUUAUACAAAAGCACCCACAGACUGGAAACUAUACCACGGAGGAGAGAGCCGCUGUCAUCCAUGAUUGGGAGACCAAAGUGGCUGAAGUGAGGCAGAUGGUGGCAGAGCAGUGCAAGGAUGGAGUUGCUAGAAAAGGCGGUAAGAAAUGAAGAGUGGUGCCUCUACUGGCCCCCCAAGCUUCUGGUGAUCAUUGUCACUCUGUUUAGUUUAAUAGGGUUUGUUUAAGGGGUUGGAGCAUUCUACAGGGAUAUUCUCUGGUAUCCAUGGUUACUGCUUUGCUUUUGCAACAUUGCUCCAGAAUUCUUCUUUAUACAUCCUAUUUGUCCUAAAAUUCUUGUGACAUAAUGUCAGUUUUAAUGUGACAUGGUGAAAUCUCUAUCCUCUACUACCAAGCUGCCAACUAAUAGCAAUUAAAAGAAUAGACAACACCAAAACCAAUACAUCUUGAUACAAUAAAUCUGUUUCCCGGUUCUGAGUCACAUUUGUUUUUUUAACAGCUGGGGAUGGCCUGGCACCUAGCGACUAUUGAUAUUGUGGAAGUUCACUUCUGAAUUGGCAAUAUACACUUUUUCCUUAUUUUAAAGCAAUUCGUUGGCUGAACAUGUCAGCAGGUGCAAAUAAAGAUCACUACAUUGUUUCUGAAAAGGCAGUGUUUACAUUGAGACGCCUGCAGGGAUAUGCUAUUGACACCAUAAUCACUACAUUAAGCUGUAGUGGUUCUGGUCACUAUAGUGUCCCUUUAAGUAAGAACUCCCAAUAACUUUAAUAUAGAAUUUUUUUUCUUGCAUGGUCCAAAUUAAAUGGUGUCCAUAAUUUGGCAUACAGGCAACAUGAUUUUUUUUUUUUUUUUUUUUAAUAUAAAAAAAAAAAAAUUUGCAUUUUAUUAACAUUACACACUCAACAUUGAUUUCUGUGCCUUUUUUCACUUUAAUACAGUUUUAAUUAGACUAUUUUUUUCUGCUUUGUUCUCUUCUCUAUAUUUCUUUCUGUAUACUUUUAUUCCUUUUCUCAGUUAGCAUGCACCCACAAUAAAUUUUGAGAUGCUCAUAUGGUCAUUCACAAACAUUCAGGAAUAGGAAUUACAGAUUUAUUUAUUUUUUAGCAAAUUACACAUUUUAAAAUGGCUUAAUUGAUGGGGGGAGGACUCUGCUUUAAUCACAGCUUGACUAAAUUAGGCAACUCCGUUUUCAUUUCACUACACCUUUCAUCCUUCUGUUAUCUUAACGUUGUUGUUUGUGACUUUCUUCCAAUACAGAUAUACUUUUGGAUGUUACAAAACCACCAGAGAUGUACUCUGCUGUAGAUGAGGAGAGUAGCUGGUCAGGUAUGGUGCCCACAGAUGGCCGGGGAUCCUCCUGGGAGUUUGCCUUUGGAAGAGUGCAGGGUAAAACAAAAGACCCUCGCAGGUACGAGCAUGAUCGCUGGAAACUAGAAUUCCUCAUGGACUACACUCCAGAAAAGGAUGGCCUGAUCUGUAUGGUAUGUGGAGCAACUCUUCUGAACCCAAAAAUCAGCACAGUGAAAAUGCACAUCCAGCAAAAGCACCCAGAUACCACCUAUUUAAGUGACCAGGAGAAGGCUGUAGUCAUGGAAGAGUGGGAGCAAAAAUUGGCUGUUGGGAAAAGAGCAUCAACCCAGCAAGAUGGCGGGGAUGAGAUCUGCUUUGAAAUAAAUGGUAAGAAAUUGUGUGUGUAAAAGUAAAAACACACACAGUAAAGGGGACUUGUUAUCAAUAUGUUAUGCUGUGUCAUAGUCUGUUUCUCCAGAGUUGAUCCACCUGACAUAGCUGUCAAUGCAGGUUGCCUUGACCUUGGCUGGGGCUUAGAUAGUGUGGGAUCUACCCAAGUAAAAUUUCCUUCCAACCAACCAAACCAAACCGUUACUUUGUAACAGGUUUCCUCCAGAGAAGCACAUGUAGUUUUAGUUAAAAGUCCUCAAGUCUUGGGCGAUCGUGCCCAAAGGUGGAGGGUCACUAAAUUUAACAUUGAUCAUAUAUGCAGAAUUUGUGAAAAACCCUGGGCUUUGAAAGCUAAUCUUCUAAAAUAUUCAACCAAUGUGUUUUGUUUUUCUGGUAAGUGCUUAAGUGUUUUAUGUGUGAAGAGUGUGUCGUUUUUUGUUUUUUUCAUUUUUUUAUAACGUGAUCAUCUCUCUCGUCAAUCUGAGUUAUGUGAAUACACUAGACUUAAAAAUGUUGGAAGGUUAUCGUUCUCUUAUUAAUUGCUUUUUCUUUUCUCCAUAUAGAAGAAUCAUCCACUUCUGAUGCCAGUGGAUCCAAUGCUGAGAACUGCACUGGCCGCCCCGAGGUCAUCAAACCAUCUUCAUCCAAAUCGUCUAACAUUGUUGCCUCUCUGCCCCCUCCUUGCAAUAGUGCCAGGCGGAACUACCAGGUCCGUUGGCGCACAGAGUUUAUGAUGGACUAUGAUUGCCGCCGUCAAGGGUUGAUCUGUAUGGUUUGUGGGGGUACUCUAGCCACCCUUAAGGUCAGUACUAUUAAGCGCCACAUAGUCCAGGUGCAUCCUUACUCUGUGGACUUUACACCCGAGGAGAGACAACGAAUUCUGGAGGCCUACAGUGAAAUGGCACUGCAUUACAUCCACUCAGAGGAGUGCUUCAAACAACCACCAAUAGAGGAGACUAAGGGCCGCAAAAAAAAAGGGGAAAAAGCCUAAAAGUUUUUAAAUGUCUCUGGAUACAUGCAGACAAGUACUGACUAGACCCAACUAUGUUUUAGUGGGUUGCUCAAUGUAAUUUACAAUCCAGAAAGAAAAGGACACCCUUUUAUCCGUAAUUUUCGAAGACUUUAUCUCCAUUCCAGAAACCGAAAUAUCCAGAGUUGCUAUGUGGCUUAGCAUCUUCUAUUUGCAGACCAUCUUGUAGUCUCUCACGCUGACAGAUCUCCUAACCCUCCUGUAGCCACUUCUAGGACCCUAAAUAUCGUGAACAUUCUUCUGGUAGGGUGAUAUAUUAGUAUACUGUUUGACACAAGUUUGGCAACAUCGACCAGGCCAUAAAUGUGAAGUAUUUUCACUUUUUUUUUUUUCCAGUGACAUCCCUCCUGUUUCACAUGUUUAGAACAACAUUCUGUGUGAUAAUUGCUGAAAGUCUCUCUCUCCUUUUUAUCUUUUUAUUUCAUCUAGUUUUAGCCCCACUAUGUUUUUUUGUUUUUGUUUUUGUUUUUAUUAUGUAAAUUCACAGCAAAAUAUUUUGUCAUUACUUUUCAACUUUGUCAGCUCCUAUGUUGCAAGAUUUGUAGGGUGUUCCUGUGUAAACAAGUGGGACUUAUGGGUGUGAUCAGAGAUGACAUUUGAGAAUUUGAACCCUUUUGAAAGGGUGGUAUGUUCUCUUGUAAAUCACAGUCUCCCUCUAUAAACCGUUCAAUUUCCAUAUAGACCUAUUUGUGUGUAACUAUUCAUAUUGGUCCUAUAAUAAUGAGGUGCAUCUAUGAAUUAAUGAAAUGGUAGAAAUGGAUUUGUUCAGAUAAAUCAAAGUAUGACUUUAGAAUUCUCACAUAUUUAUAUCCAUUUAAAAAGGAAUAAUAAUUGCUGUAUUCUACAAAUGGCCUGUGUUCUGCACAUUGGACUUCCAUUGGCUUAAAGACGUGUCCCAUUAUCAAUUCCUAAUCAUUUUUUUUGGAAAUCUGUUUUGGACUUGUUUUAUUUCUUAUGGUUUUUUUUCCCACCUUCUUUUUUUCCCUUCUUUCCUGGGGCUGAAACAAAAUAAACUUUGAAAUGGAAAAAAUUAAGAGGAA